UUUGUACUGCCUAGUGACUUAAGGCGCGAAGAUUUGUGUGUUAUCUGUUCUUGUGAUUCUCUGUAUGAUUGUUCGAUAAGCCUAACAUGGUUACAGCUGUUCAGCCAAUGUUUGGUCUUUUAAAACGACUCCACCUACAUCCAAUGGAAAAUGCUUUAAAUGAAAUAAGUCCACAAACUUCCCUUCUGCAAUCUAUAAAGUUUAAAGCCCAGCCAUUUCUGUUUCGUAAAACCAAAUCUGAAGAAAUACGACGUAGUCACGACAGUAUGGGCCAGAAGAGACCAUCACCUUACCUUUCUAACACGGACCUGAAAACUGCCAAACGUUCCCGCCGUGUUACGAAAUUAACUGAUAAGAUCGUAAAUCCCGUGGAUGUAAACUUUAAACCUAAUUAUGAGAACUCAAGCAUAAAUUAUUCAACUUUAUCUCCUGGGGUAACCCCAUCAAAUCCACCGAUCUUUCCAUCUCCUACUUCAAUCAAUUCCCCCAACCUUUCUGUAUCAAAUGUUUCAUAUUCUUUACGCAUCCCGAACUCUAGCGAAACCCCAGUAAUUUCUCAUCCGAAAUAUCUGUGCCUCCAAAACUCCCCGCACCCAGUUUGCCAGUAUCGAUCCCAAGUUACUCCCGUCGUUAGAACUAAUCCCACAGAGUGCCAGACACGUAUUUCUACACGUAGUACGGAUUCAUUAUUAGAUGAGAAUCAUUUUGUGAUUGAAGAGGAAACACCCGCUACUUCUAUUUGUGCAAAGGACUCCCUCCAUUUAAAUAAAAUAACUGGCCAUCUUAGUGGACAGAAUCUUAAGGAUGUUCGAUACGUGAGUCGCUCACGUAAUACCAGCAGAUUGUCUCCUGUAUCUUCAGUAUCUAAAAGAUAUGGUAAUUCGGACGAUAACAAAUGUGAUGUGAAGUUGAAAAACAAAGAUAAAGUUAUGAUUGUAUACAAGGAACCACCAAAGCGUCGGAAAUCUAUUGAUCAGCUCAUUGAACCUUCGAUUCAUGGAUUACCAGAUCCCGAAAUUUCCACUAAACCUCGUACACGAAAACCAACUCAAUUUUUACAACUUAAUGCACAAACUACUGAGCCUUCGUGUAAUGAUCAAAAGCCUGCCUAUCUCACUACUCAGUCAUAUUAUUAUGUACCAGAUUUUACUAACCGUCAUCUCCGAAGUCCAGAAACUGUCCAAGUUCAUGUGAUAGAGCCGAGAGGUAUACCAAAGAUGUCCAAUUCAGCUGUUCUUAUUGAAGUUCCUAGCUGGCGUGUUAUACCUAUCCCAGGUGUCGAGAUCUAUAUGGAUUGUUCUUGUGGGACAAAACAUUCCAAAUCAUGUCCCAAAAAACACCCAGACAGACGAAAACUAACAGAUACGGAUACUCUUAAAUCAUGUAAUCUCCGCGCCUUACGAUCCAGCUUACUGACUAUUAACUCUGUCCAUUCAAAUAAAAAUUAUCCAACUCCAGAACUUAAGUCAAAACCCAGGUCUAGAUCUUCCCAGACACAAAAAGAGCAUUACCAAGUUGGAGAACCUAUCAAAUCAGUUGACGUUUUGGAUGAAAACAUAUCAGACCCAGCAUUCCUUGCUCGCCAUUCGCGUUUGGAAAUUGAGGAAGUUCGUCACGAACGCUUAUCUCGCCAACGUACUGCAGAACAAGAACUAAAGCAACGUUUGGAAGAAAGGGAUCAAGCCAGUUGGCAUAAGAGACAACCUGGUCGUUUGGAUCCACUUCUGAAGUAUAGACCAGCUAGUCGGAUGCCGACUCAGCUAAGCUACGCACUCAAGCAAGGUUAGAACAUUUUUUUGGAAACAUUUUUUAAUUCUUCCUUUUUCGAUCCAUAUUUUAGCAUCAUUAAAGCUUAAAAAGAACUCGUUUCGAUCCAAUAGAAUUUAUAAACUGCUUUAUGGGUCAUUAAGUAUUUUAUCUUCGUGUUUAAGUUGUGAAUUUUCAGAUAUUAUUCAGUUCAUUUGGUCCGUUAAGGCCGAUAUCCUUGAUGAAAGCCGCGUGAUUCUCAGUUGAUAUUGUCAUAGAUUAUUACCCAUAUCAAAUUGUAUGCAGAAAGUUAAUAAAAAUAAGAGUCUAUGCUCACUUAAAAUCCCAUAUUUAUGCUGCAACAUUAUAUGACUUAAUAAUUCACCUGCUAAGUAAAUCAAGAUUAUGUAUCCACUCAGUGUUCAGUAGGACGAUAAUACUUGAGUUACAUUAAACUGCUCAGAUUCUCCCACUCUAGUCCGACUAACGUAACUCAAUCCACAUUUUCACCAAUUAAUUUACUUUCCCUAAAUAGAUCACCUGACUUCAAUGCAACAGCAUAAUAUGAAUCACAGUCAACAUAUUUCUACAUUGUUUACUUACCACUACUACAAUAACAACAUUUAUAAAAAGACACUUUAUGAUUAUUUUUAGGUUUGUUUUGAUUUACUGGUUACUCAAAAUCAUUCUAUACAUCUUCAGACCAUAUUUUGAAAAUUUGUUCCUUGUUUAUCAACCCAAUGUUUCCACCCUAUCAAUCUUUGUUAUUUACUUUUUCCCAAGGACAUCAAUUUCACGUAGAUAACUCUAUACCGGUGGUCGCAUUCGGUUGUCGUGUGCCAAUAGCCUCACUAAAGUAAGUGAUUGAUACUUGUUCUCAUAAUUCGGCUAAUACCUUAUACUUUAUACAUUGUUUUCAUUUUUUAAUAGUUUUACAACUAUAACUGGUUGUGUUGUUGCAAUAACUUCUGACACUAGUUGUGGACAGUUGACUGCAAUCUAUGGUCAUCAAAUAAAAAGAUUGUCGAAAAAUAACUGAUAGCUGCUAACUUAUCAUCCACGGCUGAAUAAAAACGAUUACUUGUGCAAAAUACAACGAGUGAAUGUGUCUGUCGUAUUUGAUGUAGUCCACUUAUAAUCUUGGAUCACUAGUUUCUAUCAUCUAGAGACUCUUCUCCAAAAACCUGCAUUUCCCUAUAAAUAAAAAAUCGUAAAUUGAUCCUAUGAUUAGAUUAAUAUCAACGUUGACAAGAGUUACUGACCAGUCGAAAACUGAUGCAUGGAAUAAAUCAAUUUCUGGAAGUUUUAUAAAGAUUUCAGUGUAAUCUAUACUUCAUGUUUAUCUUUUCUUUUUUAUUGAUAUCGUAUUCAGUACUUUGAAAUCAUUGUUGUAAUGGAAAUAUAAAUAUCAGGGACUGUUUAUUGAUUGACGUGGCCAUUAAUUUCCUCUCACUGUUGAAGUAGUAGUACAUAGUUAUGCAGUAUCGUAUGUCAUUUUCGCGUGGCCAAACAAAAUACGUGGGAUUGAGAUCAGGACAGAUAGAAAUCUUGUAUAUGGAAAGAUAGUUGCAUAUUCGUGGUUCCAGUUUAAGUGGUGAGGUGUCAUAUUCGUUAUUCAGUAUUCGGUGUCAACAGUCUCUACAAACUAUUCACCAUUGAUUCAUAAAUUCUAAUUUAUGAACCAUAACUUAGGGCGACUUGUCUUCAUGGACUUUAACUCAACCUUACCGUUUUAAUGAUAGUGCUUCUAAUUAUGUUACUAAACAUUCGAACCAAGUAGGUUUAGGGGGAUACCUUAUUCAGCAAUGUCGGUAUAUUUAUUUAUUUGAACACAUAAAUAUUGGUACAAGAGAGCGCCAGUAUAUAUGCGCCACACAAAACAAUGAGAAUUCGAAGAGAAAGAAAAAAGUAAGGAGCGUGAAAAAAAGAACAAUAACGAAGAGGUGGGUGUAACGUAGUGUAGUAAUAAUAAUAGUAAUAAUGAGGGAACGGAAAGGUAUAAUCAGAAGAAAUCUUUCGAUUAAGGGAGACACAACCACUUUAUGAAGAAAGUAAAAGGUUACAGCAGGAUCGCCACUGGCUUCUAUUCUGAGCCAUAUCUAAUAACGUCUCUAGCCACUGUGUAGCACCAUCUAUCGGACCCCAACCAGGGAGUCGUGAAGGAACGACAGAAGCCAGUCCUUUGCAGCUUUCUUUCAUGCCACGACACCAUGUCAUGCACUGACCACCUCUCCGCUUCUUCCAACCAGUCCCAGAGUCGGCAAAUAAUGCACGACGUGGAAUUCUCUGGGACGACAUUCGGAGAACAUGUCCAAGCCAUCGAAGUCGGUGUUUCAAGAUGGUGACAUCGAUUGCAAUGUCGGUAACUGUAAUAUUUGUGAAGAAUUUAAUCUUUGUAGCUUUUGGACAUCCAUCAUCGCGUCUUUUAUUUUUCUCUUUGUAGACCCUUCACAAAGUUCAGCAUUCAAUAAAUUCGCACUAACGUCAGGUUAUUCACAGCAUGUACAGUCUUUCGUUUUAACUUUUGAAGCUUUUCACAUUGUAUAUAUUAGCUUUUGUUACACUAUUGUUCCUACGAUUU